AUGCACAUCUUCGCACCGACAGUGUGGGCGUGCACGGCGGCAACAGUUGACCUGGAGGCGGUGCGACGAGCGUUGCAGGAUGACUCCUUCGCGCAAGCAAAGAUGGCAGAGGCGCACAGGGGCACGGCAGCGACCGACGAGUUCCAGCUGCGAGAUGGUUUGCUCAUCCGUAAAGGGGCCAUCUACGUGCCGGGAGACGAACUUC